AGCGCAUCAGACGUCAGGUCAUUUGAAAUGUGACCGAAUCUCAGCCGUCCAUCUCGGCCUCGCCCUCUCCCGUUUCUACUUCAAAUCGCCACCUCAGGUAGAGAGAGGGAGAGAGAGAGAGUGUGUGCGUGCGGUGCGCUGCAAUGGAAGACCACCGCUCGACGCGACGGCUCAAGCGGGCUGAGCUCGCCGGAGCUUCGAGCCCGACCGCGUCGAAACGGCGGAGGAGGCUCGCCUUCGUCCGCGAAGAGUCGUUCGAACUGCGGUCGGAGGAGCGCGGGGGCGAGCCGCGGUCUCUUCUGCUUCCGUGCUCGGACUCGUCGGAGAAUAUCGAUGUGCCGUCGGAGGAGUCCGGAGAGAUCGUGAUCGUGUCCAGCAACCUCGCUUCGAGCUCGAGCUCGAGCUGCAUUCCGUUCGAGCCACCUCGUUUCCCAGCGAGGAGCGAUGAGGAGUCGGUCGACAGGAAUAAGGAGAAGCUCGACGUCGUCGACUAUCGACAGCGACAGGCGAAGAGCUUCGAAACCGAAGCAUCGACAUGCAACGGCGACUUUAGCAGAGAAGCCACGCCGUCGAGCGAGGCCGCCAGUGCAGAAUCGUGGACGAUGAAGCCAUCGGGCGAACGGAAGCCUCCUUCGGCGGACGUGCCGUCGCGAGCGGAGCUGGAGUCGUUCUUCUCGGCGGCGGAGAAGCGCGAGCAGCAGCGUUUCGCGGAGAAAUACAAUUACGACGUCGCCAUGGACGUCCCCCUCGAAGGUCGCUACAGGUGGAUCCGCUCGAAGCCGUGAAGAGAGAGAAAGAGAGAGAGAGAGAGAUAGGGUGACGCCAAGGUGACGCCAGGUCUAGAGAGAGAAGGAGAUGGAGACAAGCAAAGCGUGAAUGAACAGAAAACGGUUGAAUUUGGCGACGUGUACUGCGCGCUUUGUCUCUCUCUCUCUCGCCGGAAAAUGCAAAAAUCCCAGUCGAAAUAUACUGAAUAAACACGCUACAAGAUCUGUAAUUUCUCUGGUCGUACAAGGUUUUGCAAACAGUGUUCUUCUUCUUUCUUUCUUUUUUUCUAACGUUUUGGUCCUCGGAGUGAUAUUGAAUUAUGAUUUUCGGCCCACCCUCCGAAAAUUAACAUCAUUAGCAACAGUUUAUUCUACUUC